AUGAAGAAAAUUUUUGAUCUAAAAGAUUUGACAGCAUUAGGGAAAGGAGGGGAUAAAAAAAUAUGGGCUGAUGAUUUAAAUGGAAAAUUUUCAGUUGCAAAUUUAGUGCAGCAGAUAAGAGUGAAGUAUCAGAAAUUGCAGUUGGCUAAAUAUGUGUGGAGUCCUUAUAUACAUCCUUAUACUUCUUGUAAUGUUUGGAAGAUUCUCAGAAGGGCUUGUGAAACUGAAGAAAGUGUCAGAAAGAAAGGGUAUGCCACAAUAUCCAAAUGUUACUUAUGUGGAAAUGGUCAAGACAAUAUGAAGCAUGUUCUGUGGGAAUGUUCUUUCAGUAAAGAUUUUUGGAACUGGCUGGGAGUGAUGGUGGAGUUGUGGAUGACAAGAAACUUGAAAGUAUAUGAGAAUAUCAACCCCAAUGCUAUGAAGUUCAAGGAUAAAAUCAUGAACUUUACUAAGGAGUGUGGAGUCAGAGUAAAUGGGUUCAUGAAGAACAUCAUGUAUGACCUGAACAUUAUAGUUAAUUUUUGUAUAAAAGAAAUUAAGAGCAAAUGUGCUGCUGUUAAAGAAGUUUUUUUCAGGCUUCCUCAGGUAAACCAAACUCCAAUAUGUUGUGAUGGGGCUGCAAAAGGCAGUCCUGGUGCUUCAUGGAUUGGUUUUAUUGCAAGAACUAGUGAAGGAACUUGCUUAGGAGAUGGAAGUUAA